UGUCACUAAAGUUUGGAAUUUUUCGAUAGUUGCGUAAAAUCCACGUAAUUCCGAGGUAGCAUGGGCAAGCUUAUUAAUUUUUAUGUGUAAGCAAAGACUAUGGGAAAUUUAUUCAUUAGGGAGCAAACAGGCUCUUUAUACUUUGUUGAUUUAAGGUGAAGAGAAAUCUCGAGUGAAAAAACCAUUGACACAAUUAGAUCCCCGUCGUCUGGCGCUCCUCCCGCCCUUAAUGAAAUUUCAUACCUUUUCAAAAAAUAUUGUCAUGUUGAGGGUCUAAGAACUGAUUCCCGUAGGACAGCAAGGGUCAGAGCAUAAGACAGGAAAGGAGUACGGAACUGGGCGCUCAAAUUCGGAGUUGAUUUAUGGGAGUACGGAAAAAUGUCCACAAGACUGAAAGAAUUACAAAGGAAAUACCACGAGGAAAAUAUCAAAGUUGCACGAAAAGACGGUUUACUCUUGAUAAGAGACAUGGCGAAAGAAGUCCAGAAUAUGAUGAGUUUCAAAAUUGAAGCCGUUCGGAGGAUAACCGAAUCAGCUGAACAAGCUGCACUAACGCCACAAACAGAUAACGGACAACCCUUUCGUUAUUACAAUGCUAAAAGACUGAAUUCGUUUGGUCCUGAUGGACGACCAGUUGAGGGUACAAGAGAAAUGAUGCUUACGCCAAAUCCUCAUUUCGACCAUUUACCAGUUAAUACUAGUCUUAGUACUGUUCUAAUCCCACCAAAUGUUGAAGAAUACGAUCCCGAAGUUAUAAGCGCGAUUCAAUGGUCCGAACAUUUAGACCCCCUUUUCAUACACAACUACGAGGAUGAUCCAUCGCUCUCCUGGCAGUUUUUCGGGAGUGGCACGGGAUUUCUAAGGAGAUAUCCAGGUAUUGCGUGGCCCCCUGUGGACAUGUCAACUGUCUGGCAGCGUCCCAGAAGUUCUCGCAACGUUUACGAUUUUCGCUCCUCGGCGUGGUACGUCUCUGCAGCAACAUCCCCGAAGGAUAUCGUAAUCCUUAUUGACAACUCGGGCUCAAUGAGUGGUCAUAAAUCUAACCUCGCCCGUGCAACAACCGAAUCUAUUUUAAAUACAUUAGGAGACAACGAUUUUGUAAACGUUUUUAAGUUUUCGGAUAUCACUGAAGAAACCGUUCCCUGUUUCAAAGACAUGCUUGUACAAGCCAACAACGAGAAUGUUCGCUGGUUGAAAGAGUCUCUCUCGACGUUUAAAUCGGAGAAUAUUGCCAAUUUUACGGCGGCACUUGUUACAGGAUUCGAAAUCUUACAUAAAUAUAACAGGACGGGACAAGGGUGUCAAUGCAAUCAAGCUAUCAUGCUUAUCACUGAUGGGCCACCCUCUAGUUACAAAGAAAUUUUCAAAAUGUAUAAUUUCCCGCAUUAUCCAGUCAGAAUUUUCACGUACCUCGUCGGGAAAGACUCGAGCAGUGCCCAUGAAAUGCGUUGGAUGGCUUGUGCAAACAAAGGGUACUACACGAGAAUAGAAAAUUUCGACGAAAUUAACCAAAAAGUCCUCCAUUAUAUCGAAGUCCUAGCCAGACCUAUGGUCAUGUACCAGACAGAUCACCCCAUCCAGUGGACCCCCGCAUACGUGGGUGGUCGAGCCGAUAGCUUCCUAAAUGACAAAGUUGGACAACUAAUAACCACGGUCACCACCCCAGUCUUCGAUCGACGCAACCACACGGUCCGAGUGGCUAAUUUGCUAGGUGUGGUUGGGACAGAUGUGUCGAUUGACCAAAUUAAAAAACUCGUGCCGCCAUAUAAGCUCGGUGUUAAUGGCUACUCUUUCAUUAUCAAUAAUAACGGUCACGUGUUAUACCAUCCCGACUUGAGGCCUUUGCAAAAUAACGAACUAUACGAUGAAACACUCGAACCGCAGUAUAUUUCAGUCGAUUUGACUGAAGUCGAGUUGGUUGAAAACGAAAACGGGCCUCGAGAGAACCAUUCUGUUCUCCUCGAUUUAAGGUACGACAUGAUCCAACAAAAAGAAGGGGAGACAGAAUUAGGGGUCAAAAUCCACUACGAUAAUGUGCGUCGUGUGACAACUCGAAGACACAAAUAUUUCUAUACCCCAAUUGAGGGUACCCCAUUUUCUCUGGGACUAGCAAUCCCGGAACGGUAUGGCAUGUAUGAGCUACUUGCCGAGCAAGAAAUCAAACAUAGCCAACGAAACGUGACUGAUUAUUUCAAAGGCAACAACUGGAAAGUUCAUCCUGACUGGGUCUACUGUGAAUACACGAGUGGUACCUCAGGGGAACAAUGGUUCCGAACGGCGGAAGAAAGAGUCUUGCAUUUUUUAUCCCGGAGUAGACGCCCGGGAUGGAAAUGGAUGUCUUUACGCCCGCGCUCACCCUCACAAAGGGAGCAUCACCACCAAACUACCAAAAAGGACAAAGACGCCUAUUUUUGCGAUAAAAAUUUGCUCCAGUCACUAGUACUAGAUGCUAUGGUGACUGAAUCACUAGAACGACACCAUACACGAACGGAGGAUGAUCACCCUAUUGGCACACUUUUGGUACAGUUGCAAAGUGAGGGGCACCAAAUCUUUGGAAAAACAUUAACUUUCGUUGCGACACGAAGCGGACUGCUUAGAUGGACCGAUCAUGUCACACCAGGCGAAAAGCCCCAACAACCCCAUUUUAGCGAGACAAAUGUGAAAGCCAUGGACGAAACGUGGUACAAGCGUGCCGUCGACCAGCACUCAAUUGAGCCCGAAAGUUUCGUAUUUUCGGUACCUUUCGACGGUAACUUCCAGGAGAAUCCCCUAAUUACCGCAACUCAUGCUGUUUUUGUUGAACAUAAUGGCCACCGGGCCCCUGCUGCUGUUGUUGGUAUACAAUACCAACACACAACUUUGGCCUCUCAUUUCUUGAACAUCACCUCGAAGUGCACCGGCACCACAGUAUGUCACAAAACGUGUGCAAGUGAAAAACUCGAUUGCUACGUGCUUGAUAAUAACGGUUUUGUGAUCAUUUCGGAAAGGUCGGAACACACGGGGCAGUUUUUCGGCCAAAUUGAUGGAACUAUAAUGGAUUCCUUGGUCCAGGAUAAGAUAUACAAGAAAAUAACUGUGUAUGACUACCAAGGAGCUUGUUCUAAUAGUAAAAGCCACUACAGUGGUGAUGGGUAUCAAGUCCAGCCUUUUGACCCAAUCAAAUCAUUUUUCAAGUUUUUGUUCUUAUUGUUUGCGAAAAUUGAAGCAGUUUAUGGGACUGCGAUUGCUUACGCCCAAGACGAUGAAAUCUACCCUGAGUAUGACCCCAACUUUGAUCAAUUCCCGACAGGUGAAGACGUGAUCGGGGAACAAGACCCCAUACUUCCACCCCCUUACACAAAUACUCCUUCCUUUAUCCCUCCUUAUGAAUCCGACCCCAUGGAAGGGGUCGAUAUGAGCCAAUUUGGGGUCAGACCUUGCGACCGCAAAGUCGACUUAUAUGUCCUCCAACCAGACAAGUUGAAUGUGAGUGGGCAAAGUGACCCUUUAAAGGGCAAAUUAACGAAUUGUCACGUAACAGCUUGCGAAAGACCAUUUAGUGUUCAGAAAAUUCCGCACAGUAAUUUGAUUUUGUUGGUUGUGGACACUAUGUGUCCUUGUGGGAGUAAACAAUUUAGUAUUACUCCACAUGAACUGAUAUAUGAUACAGGGAAUGGAGGCUGUUUGCAUAAACCUAAGGAUAGUUUAUAUAGAAGACGUCCACCGAAGUGUAUUAAUUACCACCCAGAGGAGAGUGAGAUAAAUAUUUGUGGUAAGGCAUCGAUUCCAGUUGCAAGCGUCGCGACUUUGCUUAUUAUCAGCGCAAUGCGUUACAUUUUGGCCGUUUUGUCGUGAUUGUAAGUUAUACUUAUGCUAAAUACCUUUAAAACGUAAAGAGGCAACUAUUGUUGCAUUUAAUAGACUACAAUGAAAUUUCUUAUAUAACACGUUCAUACUUAUCAUUUACUCAUAUCACAAAUCGAAAUGAUUGGAUUAUUUGGAUAGUAUAGAGCAGUUUUUUAAAAAGUAUAUAUAUUGACAAAAGUCGUAAAAACUAGUUGAAUUUUUUAUAUAAUUUAUAAAAUGUGAAAGUAAUUUUGGGUGUAUUUGUACAUAUCAAAUGUUGUACUAUUAACCUGUGAUUUUCACAAAUGAAAAUUGCAAUUCCGUAUUAUUUAGAUUAAUUAAUGUAUUUGAUUACGACAAUAAUUUUCCGUUGAUUGAUUUAUUUGAGGGAAAAUGUACUGAUCGCGCAAUCGGUGUGGUGGUGGGCGAAGUUUUUGUUAUUUUGGGCGCGCACCACGGGAUUGAGCGACCUGUAACUAUGACAAUACUUAUAGUAAAACUGUGAAUAUUGGCAUACAGGUUACUUAGAGUAGUCAACAUAAUCUGCUGUUGUAAAUAAUAAAAACAAAUCUGUGUGUCGUACAAUUAGUUCAAGUCUAAAUUUAAAUAAAAAUACAACUAUUGUAGUUAUGUUUGAUCGCGUUCAUAUUUUCUAAUAAUUACACAUUGUAAGUGCCAGUUUUUCUACUGACUUCAUCUUUUGUUACUUAACAUUAAGACGACAAAUCUAACAAGUUUUUGCUUUCGUUUGGUAUAUGUGUCAAAGUAUUUGUACAUUAUAACAUUAGAAUUUGUACAUUAUUAGAUACAAUUAAUGGACGAAAUUUAUUUCAGGUACUGUAACAUAAUAUUUUAAAUAAUUGACAUUAAUUAGUCUACUAAUGUACAUGUAGGUAGGGUGAAUUUUGUAAUUAAAAGUUAAUUAUUUUGUAAUGUGGGGUGAAUGAAAAUGUCAUUAGUAUAGUGUGUUUGAUACAGCCGUUUUGGUUAGAUCGAAUUAUGCUAACUUAUUUCGUAACUUAACUACACUAUACUAAAACUGAGUCUUCCAAUUAAAACAAAUAAUUAAUUGUAAGUUAUUAUGAAAAUAUAGAAAAUGUAGUACUACUAAUGUAUUCAAUUUUAAGCAACAUGUGUAGAACAGUUAUCAAGCAUUGUUUAUUUGUCAAACGUUGAUUGUCUGUUGUAUGUACAAUUCAUACUAGACUUCACCAUAUCUUAAAUGAAUUGCAUAGUUUUAAUUAAAAACUAAUA